UUUUUGGCUCUGCCACUUUGGUUGCGGCGACACUCCGGAACGAUUUCCGAUUUCCAGGAAGCCUACUUUCGGGAGUUUCGUAUCGGAGAAAAGUUUUCUUUUUUUUUUUUCAAGCUAGAAGAAAGAAAAAUGUUCCACACCACUGCCCGUGUCCGUGUGUGAGAGUGUGGUUGUGUGUGGCUGUGCAGUGUGGUGCACACGCCUUGCUCGAGUCAAGUGAACGCUAAAACAUUCGAAGGAUAUCGCAUCGAACAGCGAAAGAAGAACUCUCCAACUCGUCGAGUGCUCGCCUCGUCACAGGCAAAAGCUGCUGAAUAAAGCCAUUUUCCCAUCCCUUGCUCGAGAGGAAAAACAAAGAAAAACAAAGUGCACACAACAACAACAACAAAAAAAAAAGAAGUGAGAAGGCCAUAUCCUGCGUGGUGAUGAGCUCGGAUGGUGCAGAAACUGGUGCUAGUGGUGCUGGUGGCGAUGGUGGUGUGACGAAAAAUAAUAAUCUCAGCCAUCAACUUGGUGGGGGAUAGAAUCAGUGCAAGGCCUGCUGAGGAAGAAAUUGUGGUGUGUCGUCCGACAGACGUCAAUUCGGUGGACGCUCGCUGUGUGAAAAUUGCCACCCCAUCCUUGCCGUCAUCGUAUUUAUAGUUCGCUCCUCGUGGUGACGACCCUGUCCGUGUGAGUGUGUGUGAGUGACUAAAAGGAAAAAUGUGCGCCGCUGCAGAAAGUCGCCUGCUAAAUGAAAACAGAACUGACUUGGAGGUACCGCGGAAGUAACAGUUAAUAGCGGAACCAAAACACAAGGACAUUUCCUCGAACAAAGAGAGAGAGGAGAAAGAAGAAAAAAGCAGAGUCGAGAUCUGAGGAGUAGAUUAAAAUAAACCACAUAAACAAAACGGGAAAAGUUUCGCUUUGCUUCGGGAGGAAAGCGAGUAGCGGAAGGCGGCCAAAAUUAAUCUCCAAAUGCACAGAAAAGAUUCAGUCGUGGCUGCGCGUUUCUGCGACGGUGGCCAUCGCUGCCACCCACCGAAGGAAUGCUGCGCCCAGGGCUGCUGCUACCUGUAUGCCCCUCCGAGCGCCCCCCGGACACCGACCCCGGCGACGGACCACGUACUGAAUCUGUUCCUGUUCAACCAUUGGUACUUUUGGUGCUUCAUACUGGCCAUCGUGCUGGCCCUGCUCUGUGCCUGUUCCCUGUGGAAGAAACGCCGCCAGCUGUGCGGCUGGGGCUCCCCGGGGCACCAUUCCCAGUCGGAGGGUGACUCGGCCGGGUCGUGCUACGCCCCACCCCAGUACAGUCGGUGCAAUUCGUUCCACAUUCACGCACCGCCACCGUACACGGAGGUAACCUCAAAGCCGGACCUAUACCCGCUGGUGUUCAGCUACACCGGAGACACUGGAAAGGGUGGAAAUGGGGGCGGUGCCAACUACCUGAUGGUGCAGUACUUCCGGAACUACAUCGUCCGACCGGUGGGAUCUCUAUCCGGGACCAGUACUGUGGAUUCGCUUAGUUCCAGCUUCAUCUGUACGGCUAACGAGGCGAACACGUUGAUUCCACCGCCUUACUCGCGGGCGGCAAGUCCGGACAUGUCGAUGACGACCCGCAACUACCUGGGAAUGCCCAGGUCUGCCUCGCAGCAAGCUUGUACCCUGGAAGGAAUAGGCUCCGGGCAUCGACCAAACUCGGUUCCAAAUUCAAACUACUACGGAGUGGUUGGAGGAUUUAUGGGUAGUCAUGGAUUGGUCAUGAGAUCAUCCGAAAGCACCCAGUUCAACAACAACAGCAAUCCAGGCACCGGCAGCGGGGAAGGACGCAGUGCAUGCGAUGCAAGUGAACAAUCCGGAAGCUCGGCACACAUGUCCGGAUCGCAGAGCGAUCACUACCGUUUCAGUGUACAUAACAGCACCAACAACAACAACAGUGUUGCCAGCGAAGGGUCCAACCCCAUAGGACUGAUCUACUCGCAGCAUCACGCUGCCUCAACGGUUCAAUCAAGCCGGAACAAUUCCCUCGAAGGCAGUCUAGAUGCUGCGGUGCAGCAAGCACCCAGCGAACAGUCCAACACCAUCAACAGCAGUGCAGCUGGCAGCACUGCAAAUCCUAAUGCAACCACGCACAGAAACAGCCUGACCAACGCCAACAUCUACAGCUCGUGCGGAUCGAUCGGCGGAAUCUCGAUUACGAUUCCAGCCAACUCGGAAAGCGAGUACCAGGAUCUGAACGCCCUGCGACGAAGCCUGGAAACGUGCUGCCAGAUCCUGCAGCAGCAGCAGAAGCAAGCGCAGUUCCACGCACACCAGCAGCCUUCCUCCGGUUUCAUGGCGAACAGCGAAGACUCGCCGAUCAACAUCGAGCUGGCGAAGAAGUUCGAAGGCCUUCGGAAUUCCUACAUCGGAUCCAACACGGGCUCAAACGUGUCCAGUUUGGCAAACCUGGGAACUCCGGACUCGCCACCUCGGGCCACAAGCCCGACGGUCGAGGUUCGUGAACUACUCGAGCAGAUCCGGCAGCUGCAGAACAUCAGUGCGAACAACAGCACUAGCGAAGGCAUCAUCAUCAUCAAUCCACAACUUCCUCCGACGGGAAUCGGUGCCUCCAACAAUUCCAUCAACAACAACAACAGUAGCAACCCGAGCAGUACGGCCACGGCACCUCCAACGAGUCACCUGCGACGACCAUCCUCCCUGAUCAGCAAGAAGAAGUUCUUCUCCAAAGUCCCGUCGCAGGGUUCGGCCUUGGGUGGCAGCAGUGGCAGUUCCAGUGGUGGACGCAAAGCCAUGUACAUCCCGAUUGCCUCCAAUCAAAACAGCGCACCAACGGGACACCGUUCACUGCGGAGUCCGUCAGCGAUUGCCAGUGCUGCGGCGGCUGGGCUUCUGGGUCGAGGACGAAGCCGGUGCAGUUGGAUCUCCAAGUCAGCCCCGACGACUCCGGGUACUGGGCUGCCACCGGGCGGUGGAGCUUCCGGUGUGAUUGGCGACAACAGUCCUCUGCUGUUGAACGAGCAGGAUGAGGACGGAGAGCAGAAUGUGUAGGGGUGCGGUGAGGAGGAUGAGGGGUUCUAGAGAAGCUCAGUUAUCCCGGACUGAGCGAGUGAGCGAAGUGUUAGAAGAGUACAUCUAUUAGGUAAUAUUAGCGUAAGGGGUUUGAAUGGGUUGGGUACGGGUUUGUUCAAGUGUUGCAAGCUUAUUUGGACAAUCAUUUUGUUGGAACUCUUUUGGGGAAUUGGUGCGAAGGUUGGCUCCGGGAGUUUGCUGAAAUGCUAGAAGAAGGCCCAAAAUGAGCCUAAACAAGAAGGAAUGGUUCCGGGAAUUGUGUCAGUAAUUGUAGUCCUCUCCUGUCUCGGGAACAGUAUGGUAGUGAUAUAAUUUCGCUGGAAGUCGGUCGUUCAAAUUGACGGACGAAAACGUCGCAUAGCUAUAGUAGGUACUGGAUGAUGCGGAGAUAGACCUCAAUAUCGAGCAAUUUUCGAGAGGUCAAAUCGACCCAAUUUUUCACACGAAACGAAUAUUUAAUUAUUCAAGUAUUUAGCCACAGACAAACAGACAUAACACAUUGAAUAUUUCUCACUGUAAAACAUCGUCGCUAAAACAUUACCGCCAUCUGUUGAGUACACUGUGGUGGGUAGUACGCUGAACAGAUGGCGAUAGUGUAUAAACGUCAAACGCAAGGGAACUGACUAUGCGCGCCACAGGUGGCGGUACUACCAACUACGAUACUUUUAAAUUGACCGUUAAAUGCUUGUUCGAUGAACAACUUGCUAG